GGAGUAUAAUCCUCAGGCCCAAAAAACAAAACGUCGGUUCACAAAUUGGCCCAAGCCCAGUGAAAGCUCAGCCCACACUCAUUGGCCCUCGUCGGUGUUCUGUUUAGCGGCUUCGAUAAUUCAAUGUAAUAUUGUGACUCAAACUCGACCGGAGGAAUCGUCAGUCGUCGCACUCUUCUAGCUCCAUCUGGUAGAGGUCCGUGCAUCGCCGACCAGUCUCCGGCGAAGCAGCUCCCUCUCCCUCUGUCUUCUCGCUGAUUCUCCCUUUAGGAUUUUGAUUGUAGCUGAUCCUUCUCGAAAGAUGUUUAAGAACACUUUUCAGUCUGGAUUUUUAUCCAUUUUAUACAGCCUUGGGAGCAAACCUCUGCAGAUAUGGGAUAAAGAAGUUGUCAAUGGCCAGAUCAAGCGGCCACAAGAUGACGACAUACAGUCCAAUGUCCUUGAAAUAGUUGGAUCAAAUGUCCAGUCCACAUAUAUCACAUGCCCUGCAGAUCCAGCUGCAACACUUGGUAUAAAGUUACCAUUCUUGGUUAUGAUUGUAAAGAAUCUAAAGAAAUAUUUCACUUUUGAGAUUCAAGUGCUGGAUGAUAAGAAUGUCAGGAGACGUUUCCGAGCUUCUAAUUUUCAAGCUAUGACUCGAGUGAAGCCAUAUAUCUGCACAAUGCCAUUGAAGAUGGAUGAGGGUUGGAAUCAAAUCCAGUUGAAUCUUGCUGAUUUUACCAGGAGAGCAUAUGGAACAAACUAUGUGGAGACAUUGCGGGUUCAGGUUCAUGCUAACUGUCGCUUGAGAAGGAUCUACUUCUCUGAUCGCCUUUACUCAGAAGAGGAACUUCCACCAGAGUUUAAACUGUACCUUCCAAUGCAGAAAGCAUGAUUGAUUUCUUGAGGGGAAGAGUAGGAGAACGCGGCUUCUGCGGAAGAUGAAUCUUGAAAUUAAUUGCGUUUAUGUGUUGGAAGUAGUUGUCUAAAGAUGCGCCUGAACUCAUUUAUAAUAUUUUGGAAGUCAAUUGAUCAUGUUGUUAAGUUUGGCGCCCCAUCUGAGGAGUUAGCCUAUCAUAAUUUUAGGAAUGUGUGCCCUGCCAUAGUGAUGCGUCUGAUUUGCCCUUGAGAGGCUCCUCAAAUGGGGUUGAUACAGGUCCAUUGUGUUCUACAUUUGCGCUCAUGGAGGGUUUUGUGCUGAAACUUGCUGUUUUGAUUGUGCUUUAGGGCCAUGAAUUUAGACUUCACAUUUGGAUUUGUGCUGAUUUGAAUAGAAUUUAUUACAAUUUAUCUGUA